GGCCGCCUGGUUCGUCGAGCUGAAACGUCGCUUUUGAGCCCGGUGGUAAAGUGCGGGGGGCCGACACGCGACCGACACCCACGCAUCAUUCCAGUUAUUCUCCGCAGUUUGCCGCGCGCGGUUUAAGCAGGCAGGCAGACCGAUCAGAGCAGCACAGCUCGAGCCCCUGCAAAACCCGACCCUGAUCCUCGUCCAUGUGUGCGGUGUGAUAGUGCGCCGAGAGUGCGAGCAUCCGAGAGGAAUUUUCCGACCCUUCCUUGCUCUUCGAAUCGUCAGCCACGCGAGGAACGCCGAGAAAUCAAGUCAGUCCGUUCAGAUGCGACACGUUACUGCGGUUGAGGUAACCAUGAAGGAGCCCCUGAUCAGUAACCAGCAGGAGUCGAAGAUAGACUGGGACGGAAAUCGGACUGAGAGAAAUUCGCCUCGAAUGUCGCAACAACCCCCGGAUGACCAGAACCAGGAGCCGAACCCCCGCAGCGUGAUAACCGCCAGGCGGCAUGUCAGAACCAUAACCACAGCGGGACACAUAACCGAGGGGACGGUCGGAGACCAGGAAUCCGAAUCCCCGAUACCGAGUCCCGUUGGCGCGGGGUUGCAGCAGGCCAUGCCGGUCGGCACCGCCCAGGAACAACACGAGCAACAUCAGCACCAGCAGCCGCGAUACCAGCAGGAUGAUCAGCACCAGCAACACUUCAUCGAGGUAUCGCGAGGCUCAAGUCCCGGUGAUCCUCGUGACCAGCACCACGUUCCGACGUACGCCACCAACGGUCAGGACAACACCGAUUCACAGGAGAGCGGAGAAUCCAACAUCACAAUCGCUGUCAGCAAAGAACCACCGAGAUACGGGACGCCGAGACCCGAGAGAACAGAAGUGAGGUAUAUGUACGGAAAUCAGGAACAGGAAGUGCGUAGGGAGGAGCUGGUGGUGCAUGGCGAUCACCAGCAGCAGCAGGCACACCAGAGGUACAGUCCUCAGGAGAGUGAGUUACGGGCGAGGUACCAAGGGUCGCCGCUCGGUCACCGCGAGGAUUACGCAGCCUCGCCAAUGGUUUCGCAAGCCGGGGGAACUAUCCAGAUAUCGGCGUCACCGGCAGCUCCGUAUUCCCCACCGAUCGAUGGGAUCAGAGCAGCUCAGCAACAGCAGCAGCAACAGCAACAGCAACAGCAGCAACAACAACAGCAACAGCAACAGCAGCAGCAGCUCGUAGUCGCGGGAUACUCGGAUCCCGGUAGCGUGAAUGUCAAGUACGAGGCUGAGACCGUCGCAGCGACAGAGAGCAUCAAAGGCUCCAGUACUUACACGACCCUGGAGACCGUUGCUCUAGCCCCAACGCAGCCGGUUCAGUACGCGCAGUACAUCUCAGCAAGCGAAUCGUUUCAACAGACAGUUCCAAGUUACAGCUACUCGAAACCAGGUGAUUUCUACCUGAGCUUUCCAGCCACAAGUCAAGCUGGAGGCCGAGCGGCAGAGGUCGACUCACCGAGCAGUGUCUACAUAAAAAGUGACCCGACUCUUACCUCAUCCUCGCUUCUAAGCGGUGGACGACUCCCGCCGCUGCAUUACGAGCAGCCUGGAUCUCCCGGGUCCCAGGUCACCCUCCAUGGAAGCGGGACGGCUACCUACCAGUACGUCAAAUCCAACGGGGACCAGUACUGGUCUACGGGGGGAUCGACACCACCAUCGACCCUUGAGUUCGUCCAAGGGUACGGAGGCGGCGUCGCGGCCAUUUCGGCCAACGACGCCGCCAACAUGCAGCUCUACCCUGGCGGCGGGUACAACGGUGUCGGUAACGGGAACGGACCCCAGUCACCAUGGACCACUCUGCCGCCCGGUGCGGGCGACGACUCCUUCGAAGGCCCCAUUAUGACCGCCGAACUUAAGGAGUGCGUCAAUUGCGCCGCCAACAUGACACCUCUGUGGCGGAGAGACGGGACUGGACACUAUCUCUGCAACGCCUGCGGCCUCUACAGCAAAAUCAACGGUGUAAACAGACCUCCGAUUAGAUGCGGGAAGCCCAAACAGCCCGUCGCACCGACCGGGGGUCGCAGGACGGGAGUUCAAUGCGCCAACUGUCACACCAGCAACACGACGCUCUGGAGACGCAACAACAACGGCGAGCCGGUUUGCAACGCGUGCGGACUUUACUACAAGCUGCACAACGUGAACCGACCUCUGAGCAUGAAGAAGGAGGGAAUCCAGACACGCAAGAGGAAGCCGAAGAACCCAGCAAACCUGCCGGGAAGUCUGGCUGGAUCGAGUGGAAUGCACAAGACCGAGCUUAAAGCGAGCUUACUCGUGGAAUCGAAACUGCAGCUGAACAUGUACGCCAACGGCGGUUCGGGGGGUGGAUCGGGUGGCGGUGACGAGCACUAUUUACCCGUCGGUGCCCUCACCACUGCCCAGCUGAACCACGCGCAUUCACCCCUAGCGCUGCCCUCCGCUGCCGCCCUUAAUCGUCAGACCACCCUCUCCUUGACAAGACAGUUUCCAUCAUCCCCAGGGAUGCGAUAUCUUACCAUUCUUCGUCUGCAAAUUUCACACCACUUUUACCGCCAACCUAUCUCGCCCGUGGGAAACAAAACGACGCUAGUUACUUCCUGACAGGAACAGCUACAGCUUCUGACAUCCUGAUGCAGCGAGACUGAAAAGUGAAACUGCUGAUUGCAUUCAAUAAAAAUUCUCUUCAAUUUUGAUACAGGGUGCCCCCGCUGGAACCGAUCAAUAGUCGAUCGGCGGCCGAUCUAACGUCGGUAAUAACCUCGACAACAGCCGCUCAUACCGACAGAAACUGAUCUCGCAUGUGGGUAAGCGAUUAUAGAACGUGUCUUGGCGUGAUGCCGACCGUGCGCUGUUGUACUGGCUAGUGAUGUGGCCGAGCUGAUUUGAGAUCAGUUCAGUGGGUAACUGAAGCGCCCUCGUCGCCCUUUAACCGUGGUCAAUAGUGAGUAUAUUUUAUUACCGUGUUUUCUAGAGGCAUUCCAACUGCGCUGGGUGAUUGCCGUGAAUUCCAUAACGGAUAACACAUUAUUAAUUUAUAUGACUUAUUAUUAAUAUCAUUUUUAUGUAAUAUUAAUUAAGCACCUUAUUAUAGGUAAAUAUUAACUAGGUAAUUUGUUAUCACCGUCGUUGUUGUUAGGAUUAAUUAUGACUAUCGUUAUCAUUUUAUUAUUAAGACCUUCUGUAGCGAAGUUUUAUCCCAUCACGUACAGUCGGUAUGACCUUUUAAUUAAUCGUUGUAGCGGAAUACUAAAUUUAAUAUGUAU